UGUGAGGACGGUCGCGGACGCGGACAGAGGGUCGCACAUAUGCUCUCACAGCGCCGCAGCUCUGAGGAUUACAGCCGCUGCAAAGGACCCUCACUGCGCUUUUUGGAGCCAACAAUUCACUGUGGAUAUACUCACACCAAAGGAAUAUAAAGAGGGGAUUAGAAAAAGGACAGAACAUCCAUCACCAUGGAUGGAGUAAAGGCGUAUGUCGUCUUUGGAGGAAUCUUGGUGGCGCUGGUUUCAGUGACGUCUGGGCUCUCACCACCAACCAUCGUGUCCAAUCAGGACGAGUUCAUUCUGCAGCCAAACUCAGUGUUCAACAUCAGCUGUACCGGGAAGAGAAACGUAAUCUGGGCCGACCCCCUCCCCAAAAACACCUUUGUUUUGCCUGGUUUCUUAACAGCCACACUUUUUAUUUACAACGCCACUGUGGAUCACACGGGUUACUACAUGUGUGCCUACGAGAGCCAGGAGGGAGAGCCAGAAGACAACGAGGCUGGGAUAUACGUCUUUGUUCCAGAUCUGCAGGCUCCGUUUGUCCCUGAGAUGCCUGAGAACCUGGUCGUCCCCAUGGACGAUCCCGGUGUCCUCAUCUCCUGCAGAGUGUCUGACCCAAACACUCAUGUUGUUCUGAGGAGCGUUCCAGGAGGAGAAGAAAUGCAGGCAUACUAUGACAGCAAAAUGGGCUUCUUUGGCAGCCUGAUGCCUGGACAGUACCAGUGUGAAACUGUGGUUAAUGGAGAGACAAUCAGAAGUGUGGUUUAUACCGUUGAGACUGAGGCCCCCGCAGACAUGGAAGACUUUGACGUGGAAGUAAAAAGCAGCGAGGAGACAGUGAGAGCCAGGCAGCCUUUCAACAUCACAUGUAUCGCUCCAGCCGGACCGGGCUUCCAGCAGCAGUGGCUUCAUCCGAAAAAACAGGCUGUGGGUGCAGUUCAGAUGAAACACGCGCUUCCAGACCGAGUGAUCUACAUCCUGAGUGUUACACAAACCUCCUCCCAGGACAGCGGCACUUACGAAUGCUCAAUUACCAACCAGAUAAAUGGGGAGGUCAGAGUCGGCAGUGUGGCUGUAACUGUAUUUGACGACAACUCCUACGUGGCCCUGGAUCACAGCGGGAUCUUAGCAACAGAGUUCGUCAGCCUUUUGGAGGAGACUGAGUUCACCAUCUUUAUUACUGGCUACCCGGCCCCUAAAGUGAUGUGGCUGAAAGAUGGGAAACCCAUUCCAGAGAACUACUACGUCCUCACCAAAACCAGCCACACUGAAGGCAAUAGGUAUCAAAGUAUUUUGACGUUUAGGCAACCACUGUUCAAAGAUGAUGGGAAUUACACCAUCACUGCAGUCAGUGGCUCUCGCACUGCUCAGUUCUCCUUUAGCCUCAAAGUAAAAGCCCCCACUUCAGCGAUGUUCCCCCCGUCCUCGGCUCCGGUGCUUCUACCUCAGGUGGAGGAGCUUGUGGUUCCCCUCCAUACUCCGUUCACCCUGACCUGUCGGGGAGAGGCUAAGCUGGCCUGGGAGACCCCACUGGAUGUCCCUGAGAAGACCCAGGAGGAUAACAGUGGCCUGUUUGUCACCACCAUCACUGUAGACAAUGCCACCGCCAUGCACACAGGCUACUACAUCUGCUUCUACAGCAGGAACGACACGGACGAGGGAGAGGAUAGUAGCAUCUACAUCUAUGUGCCAGAUCCUGAUGUUCCCUUUGUACCAUCUCCGGUACCUUUUGGGAACCACGUCCUCUCCGACCACGAGGAGAUGGAGAUCCAGUGUCGGGUGUCUGAUCCCAGCGCUAAUGUGACCCUGGUUAACGUUGACACGCUGGAGCCUGUGCCCAGUGUUUAUGACAGCAAGAGGGGUGCUCUGGGAGUGUUCACAGCUGGAACGUAUGUCUGCAAGGCCCUCAUAAAUGGAGAGGUGCACUACAGCGGGGAAUACAUUGUCCACGGCUGGACAGGUGGUGCAGCCUUGCAUGUUGAGCUGACGGCCAAACGCACUGCUCUGUUCGUGGGAGAAACCCUCACUGUCACCUGUCUCGCUCGGGGGUCUGAGAUCCUGGAAGACCACUGGAAAUAUCCUGGCAAACUGGCCAAUCGUGCUGUCAAAACGGUGCAUGAAAACAAGAGGGACCAGGAGAUCCUCUACACGCUCACAAUCCCUCAGGCUUCAAGUAAAGACAGCGGCAUCUACUCGUGCUCCAUUACAGAUAUCAUCAGUAACGAGAGUCAAACGAAGCAGCUAGCUAUCCAGGUUUAUGCUGGGGAGUUUCUGUCCAUCCGGCCAGAGUUUAAAGAGUAUGAAUCUGCAGAGCUGGAUGAGGUCCGUGAGUUCAAAGCUCUGAUCAGCGCCUUUCCAAACGCUCAGGUUACCUGGCUGAAAGACGGUGUCCCGCUGAACGAUGUGACGGCGGAGAUCUCCACCAGCCUGCGGCAGCUCAGUGAGACCAGCUACAUGAGCGUUCUCACCCUGAUCCGGGCCAAGGAGGAGGACAGCGGGAACUACACCAUGCGCGUGGAGAAUGGAGACCAGAGGAGCAGUGUAGGAUUGAUGCUGGAGGUCAAAGUGCCUGCAGUCAUCGUGGACCUGAUGGACAUCCACCACGGCUCGGCCUCGGGGCAGUCUGUGGUGUGCAUCUCCCGGGGGCAGCCCAUGCCUGUAGUGGAGUGGUUCAUCUGCAAGAACAUCAAACAUUGUGCCAAUGACACCUCCUCCUGGGUGCCCCUCCCCGCCAACUCCACUGAGAUCACCGUGGACUCUCAUAUGGAUGAGGACAACAACCUGGAGAGCCAGGUCAUGUUUGGUCACCUGGAGAACACACUGGCCGUGCGCUGCCUCGCCAGGAACGAGAUGGCGGCCGUGAGCAGGGAGGUCAAACUGGUGUCCAAUGGCCCCCACCCCGAGCUGACUGUAGCCGCGGCUGUGCUGGUGCUGCUCGUCAUUGUCAUCAUCUCACUCAUUGUGUUGGUUGUUAUUUGGAAGCAGAAACCCCGGUACGAGAUCCGCUGGAGGGUCAUUGAGUCUGUCAGCCCAGACGGUCAUGAGUACAUCUACGUGGAUCCCAUGCAGCUUCCCUAUGACUCCCGAUGGGAGUUCCCCCGUGACAGACUGGUCCUGGGUCGUAUUUUGGGAUCCGGAGCCUUUGGGAAGGUGGUGGAAGGCACCGCCUACGGACUGAGCCGCUCCCAGCCAGUCAUGAAGGUGGCAGUGAAAAUGCUGAAACCCACAGCUCGCUCCAGUGAGAAACAGGCCCUGAUGUCUGAGCUAAAGAUCAUGACUCAUCUCGGACCACAUCUCAACAUCGUCAACCUGCUGGGAGCAUGCACCAAGUCAGGCCCCAUCUACAUAAUCACAGAGUACUGCUUCUACGGAGACCUGGUCAACUACCUGCACAAGAACCGGGAGAACUUCCUCAGCCUGAACCCAGAGAAGAGUAAAAAGGAGCUGGAUAUCUUUGGAAUCAACCCAGCAGACGAGAGCAGCAGGAGUUAUGUGAUCCUGUCCUUUGAGAGUAAAGGAGACUACAUGGACAUGAAGCAGGCUGACAACACUCAGUACGUCCCCAUGCUGGAGAUGAGCAACGCCUCGAAGUACUCUUACAUCCAGAGGUCCGACUAUGACCACCCGCCAUCUCAGAAAGGGAGCGAGAUGGAUGACCUGCUGUCAGAUGACAUGAACGAGGGCCUGUCCACCACCGACCUGCUCAGUUUUACCUACCAGGUGGCCAAAGGCAUGGAGUUCCUGGCCUCCAAGAAUUGUGUGCAUCGAGACCUCGCUGCAAGAAACGUGCUACUCUCUCAAGGAAAGAUAGUGAAGAUCUGUGACUUUGGACUGGCCCGGGAUAUCAUGCAUGACAACAACUACGUCUCCAAAGGAAGUACUUUCCUACCAGUGAAGUGGAUGGCACCAGAGAGUAUUUUUGACAACCUUUACACAUCCCUCAGUGAUGUUUGGUCCUAUGGCAUCCUGCUCUGGGAGAUAUUCUCCUUAGGUGGGACUCCCUACCCUGGGAUGGUUGUGGAUUCAAGCUUCUACAACAAGAUCAAGAGUGGAUACAGGAUGUCCAAACCAGAGCAUGCACCACAUGACGUGUAUGAGAUGAUGAUGAAGUGCUGGAACAGCGAGCCAGAGAAGAGGCCAUCCUUCCUGGGUCUGAGUGAAACUGUAGCUGCUCUGCUGCCCUCCAGCUACAGGAGGCAUUAUGAGCGGGUGAACCAUGAGUUCCUAAAGAGCGACCACCCUGCCGUGACCCGGGUCUGCAUGGAGAAUGACGACGCCUACAUUGGCAUCACUUACAAGAACCAAGGCAAGCUGAAGGACCGGGAGAGCGGCUUCGACGAGCAGCGGCUGAGCUCUGACAGUGGCUACAUCAUCCCCCUCCCAGACCUGGACCCGAUAUCUGACGAUGAAUACGGAAAGAGGAACAGACACGGCUCUCAGACAUCCGAGGAGAGCGCCAUUGAGACUGGCUCCAGCAGCUCCACUUUUGCCAAGCGUGAGGGUGAGACUCUGGAGGACAUCACGCUGCUGGAUGAGAUGUGUCUGGACUGUAGUGACCUGGUAGAGGACAGCUUCCUGUGACACCUGCCCCCCCCUUAUAAGCACACAGAGCAAGGACACAGGGGGUGUAAGGACAUAGGAGACUAAAGACUUGUAAAUGCACCAAAGACUCUGCUGUCUCACCCCUCUAUCCCUCCUCAGAACAAAACCACUUCAUCGUGUGGACGCGUCUGUGGUGACUGUAUGGUACACCCUUACCUCCUGGACACUGCCCCCUGCUGGGCUGGAGGAUGUAACGGGACAUUAAGGACACAGAACCAUCGAGCCCGUGUCGGACUGAUCAAAACGAAAAAAAUCAUCUUUGUUUCGUUAAGCUUUACUCUAUCGGGCAUUCUUUAACAGCAAUAUAAGCAAGAAGGGAUGGAUUCAACACGUUGAACAGCAGCUCUAAAGGAACAUCCGAGAUGUCUUUCACAUUUAACCACUACAGAAAGUCCAAUACUAGCAACAGCAUUGGCAGGAAGACGGUCCUGCAGGAAGAGAGAAGCACCUGAUGCUGGUACAAUCAGUAGCAAUAAGCACAAAAUCUGGACUGAGUGCAUUCCUUAUGUAUAUGACCUUAUAAUGUUUGCAAUUUCGUGCAGUAAUCAAAUUUAUUUUUUUACUUCGUCCUCAUGUAAACAUGUAUUAUUUGUGAAUAGAUGUUGAACAUAGCUGUUUGAAUGGUUAUGAGAGUUACAUGCAUCUUCGCAGUGUCUCACCUUUUGCUCAGAAUGAUGUCCUCCAACGUUGUCCCUUCAGUCGUAUUUGCCAGACGAAGCGUGAUUGUAUUGUAAAUAAUUCCAGAGUUGUUUUAUAAGAGGAUUAUUGGGAUAACAGUAUUUUAUACAAGCACAUAUCAAGGUUUUGCGCCCUUAUUUGACCAAAUGUAACCGAUGCUUCGAGAUAAAUUUAUAAGAAAAGAGGAGAAAAUUAAAAAGGAAAUGUUCACCAAAAGGAAUGAAAACAUGUGACCCUUUAGUAUAAAGCAGGGGUGUCCAAACUUUUUCCAGUGAAGGCCACAUAUGGAAAUAUAUAAAGAUGUUUGAUAUCCACAAGGCGAGGUGUAUGACAUUGAUUAUGUCAGAAGCAGGAUAAAGGAGGAGCUGGGGUGGAGGAGGGUUGCAAGAGCAGCUUGCAAAGAGAGUGACAGAGUAUGACCAGGCAAGAGCAGAUUAAAUGAGAGCAUGGGAGCAAUUGCAUCACGAUGCAGCAAGAAGGUCCCUUGUUCACUUUAGGGCCUUUGUGUGUGGAUUUUGCAUGUUCUCUCCAUGCAUGCAUCAGAGCAAAAGGCCAAUAGCGUGCUUAGAGCAAAUCAGCUGGCAAUCAGCUGAUGAGGGCUUGCAUUAUCAGCUGAUCGGGGAGGAGCUUGACUCCUUAGCCUGCUUGAGUUAAUGCUAAAUGCUCGAAUUAAUGGCUGACAAGGAAAACAAACAAUCUAGGGUUUUUGGGGAUGCCAAUUAGAUUCUGGGCGGCCUUGUUUGACCCUGACUCAGCCCUGGGGAUUACCAUCAGUGCUGCUUUAUGGCCAAAACUAAUCAGGGAGUUAGAAAACAAGAUAUUAUAUGAGUGCCAGUAUUUUUUUAAAUGCACAAAGUUGUCCCAGUUUAGUCACACACACACACACACACAAAACAUGAAUAAAUUCUAUCUGUUGAGAUUUUUGUUACAGAAUUAGCAUGGUAGCACCACCUUAUGCUGAAUCUGCAAAGUCCAAUACAGUCAAGCACAACCUCUAUGUUCAAAUGUGGACCAUAUUUCAUUUUAUUUCCAGAAUUUGCUGUGGGCCAAUCAAAAUUGGACUGCCAACCACAUUUGGCCCCUGGCCAUAGUUCGGACACCCCUGGUAUAAAGCAUUAACCCUUUCAAUGUUUAAAGAAGAGAGAAAUGCAUGAGAAACAAUCAUUUCAACUUAUGCCACCCAUUGAGACUGUGGUGUGUUCAUGGGCUUUAAAUUUAGAGUACUGAUAGAAAAACUACUAUAAUCAAAUCCUGCUGUAAUUUAUUGCAGAGAUCCUCUUCAUGGACAGAACUAAUAGUUGCAACCCAAAACAGUACAACAAAUGAACUCAACAGCUGCUACUGUCUUCAGUGUUUCUGCAGAAUUUGGCAUCCAUUCUCUCAACCUGGAUUACUGGGUCAAACAUUUUGAAACUUGUACAUGCUGUUUCAGUUCUAUUUUGUCAUGUUGUUGAUGUCUGACAUGAGAACUUUUCAUCAGCUUAAAUGCUCCCAUUCUCCACAUAGGUAGUGGUUCAAGCUUUGGGUCUUAAUGUGGAGAAAAAAUCAGGGACAGUACUUAAAAAUGUGCUAAUUAAUGACAUAAACGUGAAUUUGGCUGCUCUGCAUGGACAGCAAAUCAUGUUUACAAACUAAAUCAACAAAAAAUGUAUGCAGUUACUUAGUUUCCCCACAUUUUUUGACCAGAAAGCCAACUUUUGCCAAAGUUUCUGCAAAAUAUGAUGUCAUUUUUGUCAAUUUAGCAGAUUGGGUUAAAACAUUUACAGCAUUUUCAGAGUUGUGAGAAUUUAAAGGAGAAAGGGUUGCAAGUUUCUGCAGUCAUGCCAACACAAGUGAUUGCAACUCAUGAAAAUUAAAGGGAUUUUUGAGAAAAUAUUCAUCUUAGAAGACAUUUUGUAUGGUAGUGCUUUUGUGCCAAGUCUCAUGUUGUUGUAUCUACUGUCCUGAAGUCAAUUAGCAGGUUCUAGUUAAACUUAGACAUUAGAGGGACUAGAUUCAUGUGAAUCUGAUGUUAUACAUCAGUUAACCCUUUGUUAUCCUAUUUCUCAGCUACUGUACCAGCUGAUCCACUGCCUCCACCUCUCUGUCCACUGUGAUUUCAUCUGCAACCAGCUGCUGCACUUUGCUUUGUUUCCCAGUCUGUUGUGGAUGUUAAAGAAAGCUUAAAAAAAAAAAAAAAAAAAAAAAAAAAGAGGAGGAUAAAGGAAGCUUUCUUGAUGUUUAAAGCCGUGUGGUUGUGAAUGUUUGUGUUGUUGACGGUACAGUCUCUGUAAUCACAGCCAAUAUGAUGAUUUAGUACUAUGUUUCAUUAUUUUACAACAUGUACAUUCAGAUGAUUUAUAUUUCAAUAAAUGAUUUAUUAUGUGAAAA